AUGCAAAAGCAGAAAGACCCAUCCAAAUUAGAAUGGCUUUUAUUUCUAGAUCAGAAAAAAGCUUUUGACAGAGUCAAUCAUGAAUACUUACAAAUAGUUCUAGAGAGAAUAGGGUUUGACUUUACAUUUAGAAGGCUGGUAAAUAACUUGUUCGCAAGGCAAAUGGCGCAUAUAUAUAAUGCAGGCAAGCUUUCCACAUCAUUCAGAGUCAAAAGAGAAGUUAGACUCGGUGUCUCUCUUUCUCCACUUCUAUAUAUUAUCUCCUUUGAACCUUUCUUGAGAGCACUAACUCAUGAUCUUGAGGGUAUAACACUUAAAAAGCAUUAA